CAAGUGUUAUCCUCGAUAGUUUCCAGCUCACCUGUUUACCUUGUGAUGGGAAGUUGUGCGACCUCGAGAAAAUAUUCUCUUCCUUCCUCUGCCCAGUAGGAGAAGAAGAAGAAGCUCGCUAGGCCACCGACUGGCGUUGAACUCAUUUCCGAACGCCAAUCUUCAGGAACGAUGGUCAGUUCAAAGAAACCAGGCCCGGUAGAUUUACCCAAGAUUGCGAAGUCAAGCGACCUUCGUUCGGAAGCAGUUCAGUACCCGACAGUCGAUGAGGCAUUGGCCGAGCAAAUUGGAAACCAGCAACAGAAAGAGAAAAGGGAGCACUGGGACAACAGCCUAGAGUUCUUGUUCUCCUGCAUUGGGAUGUCUGUGGGCUUGGGCAACAUUUGGAGGUUUCCCUACAUUGCUUACGUCAAUGGGGGCGCGGCGUUCCUCAUCCCAUACUUGAUACUGAUGAUAACUGUGGGGAAGCCCAUGUAUUUUCUGGAGCUCAUUCUGGGGCAGUUCCAAAGUCAGGGGCAGUUUGCUGCUUUCAACUGUUUUCCACUAAGCAAGGGCGUAGGCGUUGCCAUGGGAUACGCCUGUUUCUUCGUCUGUCUUUACUUCAACAUUAUUCUCGCCUAUGCAAUGGUCUACAUUGUUCAUUCACUGAAGACGCCUUUGCCGUGGACAGAGUGCAACCCUGAAUGGGCUGAUGAUGAGUGCUUCGUACGGGGAGUGACUUAUAAUUGCAAGAUGGUGGAAAAGAGGCUUGUUGACAUAUAUGAACACAAGACGCUCUUGGACAACGACACGAUUGAGAUAACAUACGGUCAUCGGAAGGCACAAGUACCUUUUGGGAUGUACCACAACGCCACCAUGAUGUGUACAAAUGCAACACAGACUUCGGUGGAGCAGUUCUUCUACAAAGCAGUUCUCUCUAUCAGCAAGGGCAUUGAGUACCCAGGCGCUGUCAAGCCUGAUCUGACAAUCAGCCUCUUUCUUGCUUGGGUCAUUGUCUGCAUUUCGCUCUCCAAAGGAAUUAAGACGUCUGGAAAGAUUGUGUAUGUGACUGCACCAGCGCCAUACAUUAUUCUUGCUGUUUUGCUGAUUCGUGGUGUUACACUUCCUGGUUCAUUGACCGGGAUCGCCUUCUUCCUCAUACCUGACUGGGAAAAGAUGCUUUCUUUUCAGGUAUGGCAGGCUGCAUGUCAGCAGAUGUUUUACUCCCUUGGUGUGUCGAUGGGCCCUAUUAUCUGUCUUGGAAGCUACAACAACUUUCGCAAUGACUUGAGAAGAGAUAUAACCAUAAUCACUUUUGCUGACUUCAUCACGAGUAUAUUUGGUGGACUCGUCGUCUUUUCUGUGUUGGGAAAUAUGGCGCACAACUUGCAUGUUGACAUUGAAGACGUCGCAGAGAAAGGACAUGGCUUGGCUUUCGUGACAUACCCAGAAGCUGCAAGUUUGAUAAAAUGGCCAAAUCUUUGGGCAUUCGCAUUCUUCUUCAUGCUGUUUUUGCUGGCCGUUGACAGUCAGUUCGCCAUGUUCGAAUCUGUCCUGGUUCCUCUGAAGGACGAGUUCCCAUUGAUCAGGGGGAACUCUGGGAAGUUUCUCAUUCUGCUUUCGCUCGCCAGUUUCCUAAUGGGUAUCAGCAUGACAACGCAGGGCGGAUUGUAUGUGUUGAAUUUGAUCGACUCCUACUUGGGAGGUAUGAUAUUCCCUAUCAUCGCUGUCUUUGAGCUCUACACGGUUUGUUGGUUUUAUGGCAUAAGAAAUUUAUCCCUGGACAUCGAGUUUAUGCUGGGCUCCCCUCCUGGCUAUUUUGUCAAGUUGUGCUGGGGUGUUAUCUGCCCGAUAGCGCUGACGGUCAUUGUAUUCGUGGGUAUCUUGACGCACUCAAGGACAUCUCAAGGAAGCUACGUCUACCCGCUGUGGGCAGAUGUCGUCGGGUUUCUUCUGCUUGGUGUCGGUCUGGUGCAGAUCCCCAUUUUCGCCUUCAUGUACCUCAGGAAGAACGACUACGACUUCAAGAGCUGUCUGAAGCCUUCCCCUGACUGGGGCCCGUACAAGGUCAAACAUUUCCGGGAUUACAAGGAAUUUCUCCGAAGGAAACAACUGGAAGAAGAGGAUGAAUUAAAGCCUCCAGGAACGUCUCAGGAGAGCCCAGAGCCAUCACCAGAACCAAUUACGCCUGAGCAGCCUCGAAGGAUAGCGAAGCUUCUGCUGACCCCGUUGGACGUCUCGCUUGUAGACAUUGCCCCACCUAUGCCCCCGCCAGUGCCAAUUUCCGUCCAGGUUCUCGAUAUAUUUCGUCCCGGCGCGAAGCACACCUCCUUGAAUCAUCUCCAGACUGUGUUGAAUUGCCAUUUUUCUCGGUUCUCCGAUCACCUCAUCAUCGCAACUGAUGCAUCUGUCUCGGACGAGCGGGCCGGUGUGGGUAUUGUCAUCCCGCAACUUGACGCCCGUUUCCCUAUCCGCUUGCCCGACUAUACACCUGUUUACGAGAGCGAGUUCCUGGCAAUGGUCCUCGCACUACUCAAAGUGCCCCCGCUUUUCUGCCAUUGUGGGCUCCCGCUCAACGAGGCCGCUGACACCCUGGCGAAGAUGGCCCUGUCCGGCCCCGUGCUUCCUAUCCUCCCGCCGGUUGCUGCCGUUGUCCGUGCCCGUUACAAACGCUAUCUAUCCCUUGCUCGGCCUCCUCCCCGCCUCGGCUAUGAACACCUCUCUUUCGCUUGGAACCCGCGCUAUUGCCACUCUCGACGUGCAGAAAUGUCCAGCUCGUCUCAGGAUGAGGUACCCGACGAAGUGCCACAGGAUACAAGUGAUCGGGAACGCUGGUCCAGCAACCUCGAGUUUCUGCUCUCUUGUGUGGGUAUGUCAGUGGGGUUGGGCAACAUCUGGCGUUUCCCUUACAUGGCUUAUGCGAAUGGAGGCGCUGCAUUUCUUCUGGCUUACACCAUUCUGAUGCUAACGGUCGGCAAGCCCAUGUACUUCCUCGAACUUAUUCUGGGACAGUUUCAAAGCUCCGGGCAGUUCUCAGCCUUCAACUGUUUUCCUUUGGGAAAAGGUAUUGGAAUAUCCAUGGCCUACGGCUGUUUCUUCGUCUGUCUGUACUUCAACGUGGUUCUGGCCUAUGCCAUGAUCUACAUGGUGCACUCAUUCAAAAGCCCCUUGCCUUGGACGUAUUGUAAUCCUGAGUGGGCCGACGAAGAAUGUUUCGUCCGCGGCCAAUCACACAGCUGCAGAUCUCUCAACAAGAGGCUGGCUAUAAGGUAUCGAUACUCAAGCCUUCAUACGAACGACACCGUCCAAGUUCUUUACAAGGGCGAAAAGGUGCUCGUACCGGUGCAUGAGUACAGAAACGCUUCCUCCACCUGUACCAAUGCCACACGAACUUCUGCUGAAGAGUUUUUCAAUCAUUAUGUUCUAUCAAUGAGUGACGGAAUUGAACAUCCGGGGCGUAUUAAGUGGGACCUCACACUGGCACUUUUCAUUGCGUGGAUGUUCGUUUGUCUCGCCCUCUACAAGGGAAUCAAGACUUCAGGAAAGAUAGCCCUAGUGACAACACCUGCACCAUACCUCAUCCUGUUCGUACUUCUGAUACGAGGUGUGACGCUACCUGGAGCUGCAACUGGCAUUUCUUACUUCCUUGUUCCUCAGUGGAAAAAGAUAAUGCAGUUUGAGGUCUGGCAACAUGCAUGUCAGCAAAUGUUCUACUCACUCGGAGUAUCGAUGGGGACCAUAAUUUGCCUAGGCAGCUUCAACGACUUCAGACAUGACUUGCGAAGGGACUUAAUAUUCAUCACCUUCGCAGACUUCUUCACUAGUGUCUUUGGUGGCAUGGUGGUCUUCUCUGUCCUGGGCAACAUGGCUCAUCGACUGCAAGUUGACAUUGAAGACGUGGCUGAAAAAGGACACGGCUUGGCCUUUAUCGCUUACCCGGAAGCAGCGAGCAUGAUGGGGUGGCCUAAUCUUUGGGCUCUGAGCUUCUUCUUCAUGUUAGUCCUGCUCGCGGUAGACAGCCAGUUUGCGAUGGUGGAGUCAGUUCUGGUGCCAUUCAAAGAUGAGUUCCCGACGAUCAGAAGAAACUCCAUUGUAUCUGUCGCGGUCUUUUCGUUGAUCAGUUUCUUGCUGGGCAUCAGCAUGACAACUCAAGGCGGUAUCUACGUAUUGAACCUGCUGGACACCUAUCUGGGUGGCAUGAUCUUUCCCAUUAUUGCAGUCUUUGAACUGUAUUCUGUUUGCUGGCUGUACGGAUUUGCCAACCUGUCAUUGGACAUCGAGUUCAUGUUGGGUUCCCCUCCAGGACUCUUCCUCAAGGUCUGCUGGUGCGUGAUCUGUCCAGUGGCUCUUACUAUCAUAGUGUUGGUGAGCUUCCUCACAUACAGCAGGAGUACCCUGGGGAGCUACGUGUACCCAGAAUGGGCUGACGCACUUGGGGUAGCCCUCUUGAUACUUGGCUUGGUGCAGAUUCCAAUAUUUGCCUUCGUCUGCCUCAAAAACAAUGACUAUAACAUCACGGAAUCUAUGAAGCCAUCUUCCAAGUGGGGACCACAUAGCGCCGAAGUCUUUGCGGAAUACAAGCAGUUCGUGACAAACAGACGUGGGCCUUUCUGGCAGGACAUUAUCGAGCCCAUGACGCCUGAAAAUGAUUCUUUGAUUGCGAGGGAAGAUGAAACAACUGAAGAAGGAGACGCUGAAGACGUCCAGGUUGCUGAACCGUUGUCCCGUGUUUCCUUUAGCGUAGGCAACGUAGAUACUGACGACGUUGAAAUCGUCAAGGGAGCAGGAACUUCGAAGUUGGCUGACACGGAGCCUAAGGCAUGGGGUAUGCCAUAUUGUUCAUGCUCUUCUGCAAGGUGCUAUUGGAAGGACCCACCGUCGCUUUCACCAUCGCCGUGUUCAUCAGCUCGUUCAAGGUUCCACCUCCGUGGCGUCAUUGCUUCGCGUUACAGAACGCUCAGUCGGAUUGCUACGAUAUCGAUGGUGACAUGAUAGGUUGCGACGUCCUCUACGCGAAUUUGGCGAAGGACUAUCGCUCAUCAGCGCUGAAGGCGGGAAUCCCUGUAGUCCUCCAAGGUG